ACGGAAUUCUUCGCCAAUCUGCGCGAAUCGUCGAACGAGUCGGCGCGGUACGAGCUCGAGGAAGUCAUCGGAAAGGGGAGCUACGGCGUCGUGUGCGCGGCGAUCGAUCGACAGACGGGGAACAGGGUCGCGAUAAAGAAGGUCAAGAACGCGUUCGAUCACGCGAGCGACGCGACGCGGAUCCUGCGAGAGGUGACGCUGUUGCGACACCUGAAGCACCCCGACAUUGUGGAGGUGUUGAACAUCAUGUUGCCGCCGAACCCGAGGGAUUUUAACGAUGUCUUCAUCGUGUUCGAGCUCAUGGAGACGGAUUUGCAUCAAGUCAUCAAGGCGAACGAUGACUUGACGGACGAACACUAUCAGUUCUUCUUGUAUCAACUGUUGCGCGGGUUGAAGUACAUGCACAGCGCCAACGUCUUUCACAGAGACUUGAAGCCGAAGAAUAUUUUGGCCAACAGCGACUGUAAGCUCAAGAUUUGUGAUUUUGGCUUGGCGCGGGCGAUGACCGCUAAAGCUGGACCGCAGAUGAUAUUCUGGACCGACUACGUCGCGACGAGAUGGUACCGCGCGCCAGAGUUGUGCGGGAGUUUCUUCACCAAGUACACGCCGGCGAUCGAUAUUUGGGGCGUCGGGUGCAUUUUCGCCGAACUCUUGCGAGGGAAGCCGCUGUUUCCGGGUAAAAACGUUGUGAAGCAGUUAGAAAUCAUCACAGAUCUACUCGGGACGCCGACGCCGCUGCAAAUCGCCAAGGUUCGCAAUGAAAAGGCGAGACGGUUUUUACAAAACAUGCGUAUCAAACCCGCGGUGCCGCUAUCGGAGAAAUUCCCUGGCGUCGACCCCAAGGCGCUGAACUUGCUUAGUAAAUUAUUAGCAUUUGAUCCGGACGAUCGCCCCACCGCCGCGCAGGCGCUGGCAGAUCCGUACUUUGACGGUUUAGCGGACGUCUCGCGAGAGCCGGCGCGACGACCGUUGCCGAAGGAUGAAUUUGAUUGGGACUCUCGGAAGCUGUCUCGCGAAGAAGUUCGCGAGCUUCUGUACAAGGAGAUUCUACACUAUCAUCCGCAGGCCAAGCGCGAGUACGAGGGCAACGAAAAGAAGAGUGGGUUUGACUAUCCGAGCGGCGUUUCGGACAUGGCGCAUAAGUUCAAUUCGCUCGAGCAG